AUGGAUUCUGAAACUCCUUUCACAGCACUAGCACCAUCUGUGUUUGAUGGUGAUAAUUAUCACAUCUGGGCAGCACGAAUGGAGGCACACCUGGAGGCAAAUGAUCUUUGGGAGGCUAUUGAGGAAGACUACGAAAUUCUUCCAUUACCAAUAAAUCCAACUAUUGCUCAGAUUAAAACUCAAAAGGAGAAGAAAGUAAGGAAGUCAAAGGCAAGAGCUACGUUGUUAGCUGCUGUCUCACAAGAUGUUUUCACCAGAAUCAUGACAAUCAAAUCUGCAUUUGAAAUCUGGAAGUUUCUCAAGGAUGAAUAUGAAGGAGAUGAAAGGAUUAAGGGAAUGCAAGUAAUGAAUCUGGUUAGAGAAUUUGAGAUGCAAAAAAUGAAGGAGUCAGAAACAAUCAAGGAGUAUGCAAACAAGCUUCUUGGCAUUGCAAACAAGAUAAGAUUGCUAGGUAGUAAAUUUUCUGAUUCAAGAAUAGUUCAGAAAAUAUUAGUAACAGUUCCUGAAAAGUUUGAGGCUUCCAUUACUACAUUGGAAAAUACUAAGGAUCUAUCAAAUAUUACCUUGGUAGAACUCCUAAGUGCUAUGCAGGCCCAAGAACAAAGGAGCAAAAUGAGAGAUGAAGUUUUGGUGGAAGGAGCACUGCAAGCCAAACUGUAG